CCCUGACAAAUAUUGUUUUCAUUUUAGAUUUGUAAUACCAAUAAUAAUAUUUGAAUCAUGAUAGAAGGUGUUUCUGCCACGUACCAGACUAAAGUUAGAAUUGUGUUCAUUUUAACAUGUGUCCUCGUGAUGUCAUUCUUGUUUGUUGAAUAUUUAGAAGUGGAAGUAACAUUUCAACGUUGGGGAACGCCGAAAUCAAAACUUGAAGAUCACAGACAAACGAUCGUUUUUUACAAUAAAGUUAGUAAAUGUGGAAGCAGAUCUUUUUUAAGUGUAGCUCGAGAAUUGGCGCAGAGAAACGAAUUUACUUUCUAUAAACAUAUUUUGAAUGGAACGUACAGACCGAAGUAUGAUGACCUCAUUUCCGAAGUGGAGCAUAUCUCGUCUUUACCGAUACCUGGUAUAUACCAUAGACAUAUGUAUUUUACAAAGUUUGAAAAGUUCGGAUAUAGACAUCCAAUAUAUAUUAAUAUGAUACGAGACCCCGUGGACCAAUGGGUAUCACUGUAUUAUUUCCGUCACAAUGGCGAUGGACGACAUCGAAGGGGGUCAGGAAGCGUCACCGACAUAAACGAUUGCAUUUUGAACAACCUCACCACUUGUGAGAUCCCAAAAGAGUUUUACAUCGGAAAUUUUUUCUGUGGCCAAACCUCGGCAUGUUCGCGAGGAAGUUAUGAAUCCGUUAAAAUAGCAAAACGCCAUAUUGACGAAGACUACUUUUUCGUAGGAUUAUUGGAAGAAUUUGAAACAAGUUUACAAAUUUUAGAAAAGAUUUUGCCCAAGUAUUUUUUUGGUGCAAUGGAUGUCUGGAGAGAAAUAGAACGAAAAUUGAAAAAUGAAACAACCACACUCAAUAAACAUGAGAUUAAACCGGAAACGCGUGAAAUAUUGAGAAAAAAAUUACAAAAUGAUUAUGAAGUUUAUUUUCAUAUUAAACACAAUUUUAACAUACUAAAGAAGGACUUAGGUUUUACUAAUUCUUAAAUGUCAUUAUUUAUAUCUCUUCCUUCUUCCUCAUUUGUUUGAACAUGCAAAGCGGAAUAUGUCAAGAGCUUUUACUUGUCUUCUCAUUAUUUGCUUAGACGUUUUAUUAAAACGCUGUAUAAGUAAAUAGAUUACGUGAAGUGCGAAUCACGAUAUUGCAAACGUUAGUACGAUGAUGUGUUUUACAUUUUGAACUAGCUACUGUCAUUGUGAUUGAUGUGUACAUCCCACCUCGUUUUGGAACUGACUAAACCUGGUUUUUAUCAAUAUUAUGUCAGUGAUAUGGAAUACUAAUUUAUAAUAAAGUUUAUGACUAUAUCACGUAGGCCCCCAUCCAUGGCUGAAUUAACCCUUAAGCAAAAUAAGCACGUGCUUAGGGCAUCAAGGUAUCGAUAGUACAUCCGUGUUUAUUGAAAUGAUGCGAGUGGGUCAACAGAUUCAGACCUCAAUAUUGGCCCAGUUGAAAUAAAUUUUUGCCAAGUUUUCUCUCUCAAUUAUCAUCUUGAACUUAUUUAUGAAUGUUUGUAGGUUUGAGAACUAAUCCCAAAAAUAUCAUGUAAUUAAAUCAUAACUUUGCCUUCAAUUAGUAAUGAAUACUAAAACUGCAAUUUCAGAUAUCACGGAACCCUACAUUCCUAUCAUUAUUAUUUUUAUGUUAUUUUUAUAUAUAGGGCAAUGAUUAUUUUUCUUACUCUCUCACCUGAAAUAUCUUAUCUUCGGACAAAAGUUUUCAACUUUACGAUUAUUCUUUUUUACGAACCGUAAAAAAUUGAUCAACGAAAUAUAUAUCGUGUUUAUGCCUUUUAUAAACAAUGUAACAAAACCCGGAACCCAACGGAAAUGUAAUUUUGUUGAUUUUCCUAAUAUACAUACCGUGGGUUAGACCUAUGCUAUUGUUAUGCAGAACUUUCUUUCAUCAUUUACUGUUGCGUGACGCUAGAAUUAUUUAUGCCGCAUAUUCGUAAAAAAUGGUCUAUUAUAAUUUUCCUGCAUAAUAAAAAUUGUCUAAAUAAUUCC